CUGGAAUAGGCGUGCCCAGCUCCUUCAUCACCCUUCCCCCCCCCUCCAUCAUUUGCUUUUAAAGCUGCCCUUAGAGUUUAUGAGAACAUUUUUGUUGCUUGUCUGCUGAAGGAGAGUCAAGAGGAACGGAGGAUAUUCGCUGAGUGGCUGCUGCAGGAACUCUCCUGUUGUUUCGGACUGUGCUACUGAAGCAAAUUCACCUGUCAGCUUCAAGCCAGAACAGACUCAAGAUCUUCUUUUAAGACAAGCCGUUUACUCUAGUGCUUGCCUGGAGGCACUAUGACGACCGCAGCUCCCCCUAGAGGCUGUGGCAACAUAAGCAGCGACUAUUACCUCCUCUGUGACACUGUCAAGGACUGGGGCAUUGCUCUAGAAAGCCUGGCUGCAGCUGGUAUUCUCACCACCAUCAUCCUCAUACUAGUGCUCUUUUGCCUUAUAGGUAAAGUCCAAGACAACUCUAAGAGGAACCUGAUCCCAGUUCAGUUCUUCUUCCUUCUGGGCACUCUAGGAAUCUUUGGCCUCACCUUUGCCUUCAUCAUCAAGCUCAAUGAGAGGAUUGCCCCCACCCGUUUCUUCCUUUUUGGGGUCCUUUUUGCCCUCUGCUUCUCCUGUCUCCUUGUCCAUGCCUUCAACCUUCUCAAGCUCGUGAGGGGGAGACCCCCAAGUUCUGCACCGAUGCUACUGGUUAUCACCUUCAGCCUCACCCUUGUACAAAUUAUCAUAGCCAUACAGUAUGUAGCCAUCAACAGAGAAACACUAAGGGCUCAAAAAGAUAUAAUGGAGCCACAAACCCAUGAUGACUUUGUUUUGCUUCUCAUCUACGUGCUUUUCCUCAUGGCCCUUCUCUUUGUAGCUUGUAUGUUUGUAUUCUGUGGGCCAUACAGAAAGUGGAAGAGGCAUGGAGCUCACAUAUGCAUCACUAUCUUAUUCUCCAUUGGCAUCUGGGUGGCUUGGAUCACCCUGCUGACGAGACCCAACCGAGACACCAGCUGGGAUGAUCCUGUUAUGUGUGUGGCGCUGGUGGCCAAUGGAUGUGUCUUCCUGAUUAUGUAUGUACUGCCUGAAUUUUGCUUCCUCACUGUUCCACAAAACCCUGGGGACUACCCUCCAGAAAAUAAUUUCUGCCAGCCUAAACACAUGAAGAGAAACUAUGGCGUAGAGAACCAAGCCUUUGCUCAGGAGGACCAAACACAAGGGGAAACUGGAGAUCGUACAUACAUUCCUUAUUCAACUCAUUUUCAGCUGGAGACCCUCGAGUCUCAACAGGAUUUCUCCAUCCCCCGGCCUAAAACACGGUCUAGUCCAUACCAGGAAUAUGCUGGCGGGAAAGGGGUCAAGUAACAGCUGCCUAGGAGUACCAGGAGAAGCAAUGCAGAGUUGACUGAAGGCUGGAAAUCCUCAAAAAU